UGCAGCCAAGGUUCCAGGGCUGAGACCCCUGGCCAUCGGCUUUCAGUCCUGCCCCGUCCACAGCUCCCCACUGCCUUGGCUGUGGAUGUGAUUUCCCUGAGCUGGUCUGUGUUUCCUCCCAUGUAAAGGGGAGCUUUACUGGACCACUUUGGUCCAUAAAGGGAAGCUGGACUGGACCACUGGUCUCUUCGUUUUUAACCUUGAGCCUUCAGUUGCUGUCUUACCUGGAAGCCCAUCUCAGAGAGUAGACAAAGACAGCUUUUCUGGUUCAUGCAGAUCCCGUCAACCUGACUGCCUGCACCAUGACAAAUGACGACAAGCCAGGUAGCUUAAAACAACAGGAAUUCAUUCUCUCCCAGCUCUGAAGUCUAGGAGUCCAACAGCAAGGUGUUGGCCCUGCCCUGUCUGGAGGCUUGCCUCUUCCGGUGUCUGGUGGUGUCGGCUCUCCAUGUGGUCACGUCACUCUGGGCUCUGCCUCUGUCUUCACGCGGCCUCUCCUCCCUAUCUCCUCUUCCAUCUCUCAUAAGGACACUUGUCAUUGGGUUGAGGCCCCACCAGGGUAAUCCAGGAUGAUCUCAAGUUUUUUAACUUAAAAAAUCUCUUCGGAGACCCUUUCCCAAACGAUGUGACAUUCACAGGUUCUGGCGGAUGGGAGGUGGACAUAUCUCUUGGCCACCAUCCAGCACCCUACACAGCCUUGUGAAGCAGGUGGUCUGUCCCCAUUUAACUGACAAGGCCAGAGCAGUUAGACCCUUUGUCCUGGAAGGCACAGCCGGGGCGCUGCAGAGCCAGUCUGGAUCCCAGGGAAAGCUGCUGGCCGAUCUGGCCAAACGCCUGGGCCUGCACUACGUGGUCUACAGUGGCCUGGAGAACAUCAAGAAGCUAACGGCGGGGAGACUGACAGCGGGACACUUUGACGGCAAAGGGGAGGUGGAGGAGUAUUUCCGGGACAUCGGUGUCCCCAUGACCAGUGUGCGGCUGCCCUGCUAUUUUGAGAACCUCCUCUCCUACUUCCUGCCCCAGAAAGCCCCGGAUGGAAGGAGCUACUUGCUGAGCUUGCCCAUGGGUGAUGUGCCCAUGGAUGGCAUGUCCGUGGCCGACCUGGGUCCCGUGGUGCUCAGCUUGCUAAAAACACCAGAGGAGUAUGUCGGCAGGAACAUCGGGCUCAGCACCUGCAGGCACACGGCGGAGGAGUACGCCGCCCUGCUCACCAAACACAUAGGCAAGGUGGUGCGCAACGCCAAGACAAGCCCUGAGGACUACGAGAAGCUUGGCUUCCCUGACGCCCAGGAUCUGGCCAACAUGUUCCGUUUCUAUGCCCUGAAACCUGACCGCAACAUCGAACUGACCCUGAAGCUCAACCCCAAGGCCAGGACGCUGGACCAGUGGCUAGAGCAGCACAAAGACGACUUCGCAGGGCUGUAACCCUGCCCACCUCUCAACCCUGUCUGGGGGGACUGGGGGUGCAGUCACAGUGACCCUCUCUUGUGUUACAAGAAAGUUUAUUCUUUAAAUAAAGGCCAUUGU